UUUAAUCGAUUGAUCAGGCAUUCGGCCGGGCCUCCUUAUUCAUUCCCUUUUCUUUCAAGAUGGCGGGCGACGAGUCAGGCACAACGCUCGGUCAGCCUCACUUGGCCAAACAGGACCUCAGUACUCUGGACGUGUCGACCUUGACACCUCUCUCUCCGGAGAUCAUCAGCAGACAGGCCACCAUCAAUAUCGGCACCAUCGGUCAUGUGGCCCACGGAAAGUCCACAGUAGUGAAAGCUAUUUCUGGCGUGCACACUGUCAGGUUCAAGAAUGAGCUGGAGAGGAACAUCACCAUCAAGCUUGGAUAUGCCAAUGCUAAGGUCUACAAGCUGGAUGAUCCCAGCUGUCCCCGGCCAGAGUGCUACAGGUCAUGUGGCAGCAGCACUCCAGACGAGUUUCCCACAGACAUCCCUGGCACCAAGGGCAACUUCAAACUGGUCAGACAUGUGUCGUUCGUGGACUGUCCCGGUCACGACAUUUUGAUGGCAACUAUGUUGAACGGAGCAGCCGUUAUGGACGCAGCUCUCCUGCUGAUUGCUGGCAAUGAGUCGUGUCCCCAGCCCCAGACAUCAGAGCAUCUGGCUGCCAUUGAAAUCAUGAAGCUGAAGCACAUCCUCAUCCUGCAGAACAAGAUUGACCUGGUGAAGGAGAGCCAGGCUAAAGAGCAGUAUGAGCAGAUCCUGGCCUUCGUGCAGGGCACAGUGGCCGAGGGUGCUCCCAUCAUUCCCAUCUCAGCCCAGCUGAAGUACAACAUCGAGGUGGUUUGUGAGUACAUCGUCAAAAAGAUCCCCGUGCCCAUCAGAGAUUUCACAUCCGAGCCCAGACUCAUUGUCAUUCGAUCCUUUGAUGUGAACAAACCCGGCUGUGAGGUCGACGACCUGAAAGGAGGUGUGGCCGGAGGAAGUAUCCUUAAGGGUGUGCUCAAGGUGGGUCAGGAGAUCGAGGUGCGGCCAGGUAUCGUGUCCAAAGACCAGGAGGGAAAGCUGAUGUGCAAACCCAUCUUCUCAAAGAUCGUCUCUCUGUUCGCCGAGCACAACGAUCUGCAGUACGCUGCUCCCGGAGGCCUCAUCGGUGUGGGUACUAAGAUCGACCCGACGCUGUGCCGAGCAGAUCGUAUGGUCGGUCAGGUGCUAGGCGCCGUCGGAGCGCUCCCGGAGAUCUUCACUGAGCUCGAGAUCUCCUAUUUCCUGCUCAGGAGGCUGCUUGGAGUCCGCACGGAGGGAGACAAGAAGGCUGCUAAGGUUCAGAAACUGUCCAAGAACGAGGUGCUGAUGGUAAACAUCGGCUCGCUGUCGACAGGCGGCCGUGUCAGUGCGGUCAAAGCUGAUCUGGCCAAAAUCGUGCUGACUAACCCGGUGUGCACAGAGGUCGGAGAGAAGAUCGCUCUGAGCAGACGUGUGGAGAAACACUGGCGUCUGAUUGGUUGGGGACAAAUCAGGAGAGGCGUGACCAUCACACCCACAGUGGACGACGACUGAGACUAGCAAACGCACGGCCAUCACACUCUUCUCUUCUUCUUUUCUUUUCUGUUUUUUUUUUUUUUUUUUUAAUUUGUUCCCCACACGGAGGAGGGAGGGGAAGUGAACACGGACAUAUCGGCGGUUUGAAGACGCCUCCUCGCUCUGCUCCUCUUCCUCUGCAGCGACACACGAAGGUCGAGCUCUGAACUUCUGCUUCCUGCUGGAGAUGAAGGAGGACCCAGGAAGGGAGGAGGCGCUUCAGACUUUCGUAACAAAACUCCAGAAACCAGGAGUCUGUUUGGAGAUGAUCUGUACUAACCUCAGAUUACAGGUGGAAUAAAAUCAAUUUGGAAGGAA